ACGUGCUGCGCCCUGCCGCGCGGCGGUAUCGAGCGGCCGCGGAACAUGUAGUGCGAGUGUGCAGUGUGCUCGGUAGUAGCCCGGCUCCAGAGCGGCGACCGGCGUGUAUGUGUCAUCGCAGGGCGUAGCGAGUGUCCGGAUGUAGGGCUGCGAGUGCGCCGUUGUUUACAAUGCUGCGGCGGCGCGGCGCACCGAUAUAGCGUGGCGCAGUAAACACGCCGCGCGCGCCUCAAUGAGGACGCGCUAUAAAUACUCUGCCGCCCGCGCCGCGCCCGCGCGCCGACCCUCACCUACUACCCUCCAAACACUGUUUAUUUUCGCGUCAUCGCUGCUGCCGUGUCUUCCGCGCCAGCUGCUCGCUCUGUACUCAGCCGCCAUGGACCACCGACUGCCCACUUGUGCUCUGCUUUAUUCAAUACAACUAAACAGCUCCCGAGCACCGAGACCAUAAUUAUAACAUGAAUGUAACAGGUGUAUGCGGACCUACGUAUUGCUUACCUUUCGUUAGCGUUGGUCCACACCAGGACUUCCUCCUGUCGUGGGUGCGUUUACAAACAUACACUUUCACAUGUUCACAUCACACUCCGACUCGGAACAAUCGUUUAUCACUCGAAGAAUUAGUUCUGUGUAUUUAGUAUAUGUAUGUACGCGGCUGGACAAUCGUUUUAAUGUAUCCAGGAUAAAAGUAAUUGAUGGAAAAUAUUAAUUACCAUAACAUAAUUAACAUUUCACUUGUCUCAAAAACAUUUGCUUAUUGUUAAGUGUGUUCUAAACAGUGAAUAGUGGCCAUGUGACACGAGUGUUUCACAUUCUCUGAUGCGAUGUGCGUACAAGACAAAAAGACACUAGACAAGGCGUAGAGCAGAGCAGGGCGUCGCCCGCUGCGACUACAUAGAUCCGGCAGUACGUCAAGUACGUGUCGGGCGGGCACGGGGCACCGCGCCGCACUCUAUGUGUCGGUCCGCGCUGGCCGCACUCACGGGCCCCUCCGGAGGACAUGUUGCCGCAGUGUGCGACACGCGCACGCGUAAUUACGAAGGACCCUGCGACUGCGAGAUAUCCACAUCACGAUGCGCUAUGAUGUGCAGUCUGGCAGCGCUGGCGCGCGGCUGCCGGCCCGCCGCCGCCGCCGCCAAGCCCUGCUGCCUGUGCUGGUGCUGCUGCUGCUCGUGCUCCUGGGCUAAAUGCCUGGCGGUGCGCGGCUCGGAGGGCGGGCCCGGCGAGAAGCCGGGCAAGUCCGGCCCGACGGAGCCGCCACUCAGCGACGGAGACGCGCCGCCCACGUUAGAGGAGAUCCAGAGCUGGGGCCAGUCGUUCGACCGCCUCAUGCGCAGCGCUGCCGGGCGGAAAGUAUUUCGCGACUUCCUACGCGGCGAGUACUCUGAGGAGAACAUAAUGUUUUGGCUCGCGUGCGAAGAGCUCAAGCGAGAGACAGACCCCGACGCCGUCGAGGAGAAGGCACGCUUCAUCUACGAGGACUACAUCUCCAUCCUGUCGCCCAAGGAGGUGUCGCUGGACUCGCGCGUGCGGGAGAUCGUGAACCGCAACAUGGUGGAGCCGACGCCGCACACGUUCGACGAGGCGCAGCUGCAGAUCUACACGCUGAUGCACCGCGACUCGUAUCCGCGCUUCGUCAACUCGCCGCUGUACAAGACGCUCGCGCGUUUGUCCAGCGCCGAGCCGCCGAGCGCGCCCCCUGCAGCCACGGCGCAUGCGAACUCCACGCCCACUGCGCCCACUGCGCCCGGUGCGCCCGGCGCGGCCGGCGCGGCUCCUACGGCGCCCGCGGUGCCAACGCCUGCGGCGUCCCCGGCGCAACCCGUAGCCCCGGCACAGGCGCAGGCACCGAACGCGCAGUGACGUCGUCACACACCUCCUCACGUGUAAAUAGACUCGAUAUACAUUCAUUUAAACGGGUACUAAUUUUGUACAUAGCUAGGUUAAGUGUCUCGAGUAGGAGCGGCGCGCGCCGCCGCGGCCACUUCGCUGGUCCACCGACCCGCGCGCCCCGCGCCCCGCGUCCGCGUCCGCGUCCGCGUCCGCGCCCGCGCCCCGCGGCCGUUAGUGCGCGUCUAGUUAGAAGCAAUAAAGGUGGACCAAUUAAGUUUGCCGAGGAGUCAACGAAUAAAUCAAUCAGU